UUCAAGAAUGGGCGGGAACGCUGUUGCUUUCCAUUCCGGUCAGGCCAAGUGGGAAGUCAGUCCUGUUUAUGUGUAUAACACACGCAGGGAUUGAAGGUUUGCCUCUUUUGGGCUCGUGAUGUCUGACGCACGCUCGUUAUACGCGACCCAGUUCUUUGGCUUCACACCAGAGACCUUUGUGCUGAGGAUCUACACGGCCUUCCAGGAGUCCCUCUCACGCAAUGUGGUGAGAAUGGAGGCGGACCUGCUGGAGCGCUUCCCCAAUGAGGACCCGGCCCUCAUCCGCCAGGGCACGGAGGAGUUCCUGGCCUUGGCCAAAGACCACUUGAAGGCCCUCUUUCCGCAGUUGGAGGCCACCCUGCACCAGUCCGUGCUGGACAUCCCGGACAAUGUCCAGCUCCCGGGAGACCAGGCCCAGGAGGAAGCUGGGGAAGGCUCUUCGCAGGAAGGGCUCCGAGAGCUGCAAGAAGAGGUCCGACAACUAGAGGCCCGGCUGGAGGCUGAGAACCGGGCCGCGGAGGCCCUGGAGGCCGAGCUGGAGGAGCAGCGGAUUGUGCGGGCACACCAAGAGAGGCUGCGGCAGUGGUGGCAGGGCCUGGAAGAGGCCACCCGGGGAGACGGGAGCAGUGUCAGCCUCCAGGAAGCGCUGCAGGCCUUGACUGAGACUGCACUGCAGCUACAGGACGUGGUGCGCACAGUCGAGAAGAAGCUGGCCGAGUGACCCCUCCCUCCCCCCCCCCCACGCGGAGCUGGACAUGGCACGUUGUGUAAUCGAUGCACAUUAAACCUUAGAGGUUGUCACGCAGCAUCACAGCCGUGCUUUUCUUUUUUGUUUUCCCUGAAAAUAAGCCCUAGGAUGAGUUUUGAGGAUGCUUGGAAUGUAAGCCCUCCCUGGUUUCCCUGAAAAUAAGGCCUACCCUGAAAAUAAAUCCUAGUGUGAUUUUU